AUUCCUGAUUUCCUGGCAUCCCUAGACGCUGCCAGAGCUGGAAGGGCUUUGGCGCCGGCGACCCUAUUUGUGCGUUUGAAAUUCUUGAAAUUCGCACUGUGAAAGCGUCAGAAUCGAAUGAAGGUUUUCGGAUUUUUGGUCGCGAGUGAGGAUAAAGAGAGCUGGUGGAAACUUUAUCAAUCGCCAUUGUAGGUUUCUUCGUUUUCGAUAGGGAACAAAAAGCAAGGAGUUCUCGGUUAUAUAUUUGGAUACCAUUUGUAAAAUUUGUUCUACAAGGUCUCAUGAAGCAAUCAAAAGAUCCAUUUGAAGUAGCGUUUGAGGAACUAGAUGAAUCCCUUCCUGAUUCCCCCGACACUCAUGAUGAGAUUAUGGCUCAAACUUUAUCAUCAAAACCAAAUAUCAACUCGCAAAGAGAUGAUUUGGAAAACAGUAUUCAUCCUUUAAACCAACCAAAAUCAAGAGUCAGAUUGGCCUCAACUUCAGCAGCCAUCCCAACCAAUCAGAAGAACAAAGAAGAUGAUGAGGAAGAAGAAGAGGAAAACAUGGAUGUUGAACUUGGAAAAUUCCCAUCUACAGGAGACCCCGACAAAAUGGCCAAGAUGCAAUCAAUAUUAUCUCAGUUCACUGAGGAACAAAUGAGUAGGUAUGAAUCUUUCAGAAGAUCUGGAUUUCAGAAAUCAAACAUGAAGAGGUUAUUAGCCAGCAUUACUGGAAGUGCCAAGAUUUCAAUGCCAAUGACUAUUGUCGUAUCCGGGAUAGCAAAGAUUUUUGUUGGUGAACUUGUUGAGACAGCGAGGGUAGUGAUGACAGAGAGAAAGGAGACGGGGCCAAUAAGGCCGUGUCACAUUCGGGAAGCGUACAGAAGGUUAAAACUUGAAGGAAAGAUUCCAAAAAGAUCGGUGCCAAGGCUUUUUCGUUAGUCAUAUAUGUUUUAGAUUGAUGCUCCUUUUUUUUUUUUUUCAUUUUUUUGCAUUUUAAACCUGUGUUUGAUGAUGAUUUUGAUCUGUUUUUCAUCAAGGCAAUUUUUGGGGUAGAGUAUGAUUCAAA